AUGGCGCCGGUCUCCAUCGCGCUGGUCCUGGAUCUAUCCAUUCUGGCCCAAGCACUAUCCACUCCGGGGCCGACGGUCGACGGUCCGGAGUCUGCUUCUACCGGACCCGCUGCUCUUCACUCCGGUCCUGGCGCCAUCCACUCCGCCGGCCCAGGUUCUAUCCGGCUGGAUUCUUCUCCCGCCCCUAUCCACGCCGGCCCAGGACCCAUCCAUCGAGGCCCCGAAGCUGUCUACACCGGUCCCGACUCCGUUCGUCCAGCUCCUCUCCCCUCUAGACAAGGGUCUAUCCGCCUUGAUUCCGGCUCUAUCCACCCCGGUCCUGCUUCUAUCCACUCUGGCCCGGGCUCCUUUGGCACCGGUCCUCGCCCUAUUCACCCUGCUCCCGCUCCAGCACGCCCGGUUCACAGCGGGGUUCGCCCGCGCCCUUCGCUCGACGAAGACGGCCCCGUUGCCUACAAUUUUAACUACGACGUUAAGGACGACUACACCGGCGCUGCAUUCGGCCACCACGAAGCCCGCGACGGCUACAACACCCAGGGGUCCUACUACUCCCCCCUCCCCGACGGCCGGCUACAGAAGGUCACGUAUUAUGUCAACGGCGACUCCGGUUUCGUCGCCGAAGUAAUGUACGAAGGAGAAGCUCAGUAUCCGACCUACCAGCCUGCCCCUUCUCCGACGUAUCAGCCUGCUCCUUUGCACGAACCAGUUUCUAAUUAUGCAUAG